AUGUCAACGUUCUACGAUCUUCCCAGAUCCUCCGUGACAGUUUUUCAAGCUCCCGACGUGUCCGAUGCCUUCAGAAUCCUCUUCUCCUCCCUAAAACCGUCAGAAAAAGUGGAAAAAGUGCAUUUUAUAUGCCCAAAGGCGUUUCUCGCGUGGCAUCAGGAAUGUCACAUCCCGGAUUCUGAAUCCUUAACGUAUUCUGUAUUUUCUGAUAGUUGUGAAGUGAAUCCAGAUGACGUCACGGCUCCAGAAGUGAUUUUCGCCGAUUCUGACAUUUUUUUGGCGUUUUUUGGUAUUUCGAAGACGCUAAAGCUGAUAAAAUCAAUGAAAACAAAAAAGCGAGUUCACAUCGUCACGUCAUCUGCUUCCCCACUGUCAGCUCAUCUGGAGCAAUUCAUCAAUUCCAUAUUCGAAAUCAAAUCCACAGAAGACGCCAACGUUUUCGAGUGUUCCACGACCAGCUUCGAUAAGAAAGGGAAUUUCAGUGUUUUGGACCAACUCAUCACCAUCCCCAAAUCCUCCGACAUCGCCGGUGCCAAGACAACAUUUAAAACGAUUAAAAAAGUGGAGAAUACGAUGGAAAACAUGUCGAUUUCGACUGCGACGACACCGUCGGAUACCGCAAAAUCGGCGAUGGAUUUGCCGUUUUUUGUCGGACGACAAGAAGAUGGAGUCGCCAUCCGGGACGCCGCAACGAAGAAGAUCCGAGUCGGCGGUCAAAUUGUGUACGAACCGGAUCGAGACGAUGAUUUGGAUGAUAGUGAUCCGGAUGACGACUUGAAUAUUUAA